AUGACAAGCUUAGGAUCCACCGUUCCACCAAAUAUUGCGUCAAAAAUCCCACCAAAUACCUUACAAAUAUUAGAUGCUUUAGAUGGUUUACCCGGUAACCUAUCACAACCCUGCGUAACUACAUUGCUAGCGAUUGCUACAAGUCCAGAAUUUCUUAAAUGUGUCACGCCAGGAGCUUUCUUACCAAUUCUACCUAUCAUUAGCGACCCUAAUUUUUUUAAUUCUCUUAAGCAAAAUCCAAAAAAACUUCUAGAUUAUAUUCCCCAAUUUGAUCAAUUCUCUGAUAUUAUCUGUAAUGCACCUAAAUGCUCUGAUGGCGGUGUCCAAAAUGCAACUAAUGCUAUAACAGUUGGAUGUAAAGAUGAUCUAAGUAACAAAAACGCAAUAGCAGACCUCAUUUAUUUCUUUGUCGUUUUCUAUUCUCCUGUGAGAGAUAUAACAUGUUUUAAAGAUAAAAAAGAAUAUUGUAAAGAUGAAACUGCUAAGGUCGUCAUAAAUUUACCUCAAUCUCCGUUAAAUAUCACCGGUAAUCCUCUUCUAGACUCUGUAGCUGUAGCUGAUCCAGGUUCAAUAUGUACACGGUGUAACAAGGAUAUAGUUAAUACUCUAUUCAACUUCCUUAAAAAUAAUAAACCCGCCUUAGACUUACUUGCUCAGGCGGGGAUUGACCAAAAGCAUAUUGAUGAGAUGAAAAUUGGUGUUGCUGUCAAAUGCGGUAUUAAUUUCGAAG